UUGGGUGACUGCUCUGUUUCUUGAUUUUUUUUUUUUGGCAAUGAAAGAAAGAGGAAAGAGAACAGCAAUGGAACGAAGACACGAAGACGUUUCGUUAUAUUACAGCACUCCGUCGGAGUUCGUUUGCCGGAAACAUCCGUCUGUUUCCUCCGGCGUCGGGAUUUGUCCGUACUGUCUCAACGACAGGUUAGUCAAUCUCGUCUGCUCCGAAUGCGGCGAGCAGAGACUCUCUUCUUGUUCGUGUUCCGAUAUCUCUCCCACUCGAGUCUCUAACGCCGCCGUAGACGCUGUCGCUGGAGAAAACGUUGUCCGGAUCUCUUCACUCAUCGACGAAGAGAGGGCGAAACAGAGGAAAGAGACGAAACAGAGGAAAACAGAGGAAGUGGUUGUGUUCAAGAGGAGUAGUAGCAGUUGUGUUGAGAUUAGUAAAAGGACAAAGAAUCAUAGAUUCUCGAGAAUCGGAAGGUUCUUCAGGAAGAUUAAUCUGAAAAAGGAGAGAGAUUUUGAGAAGAACAAUAACAACGAUUCAUGGGUUUUGGAUUAUAACAAUGAUGUGAAGAAACUAGGGGUUUCGAGAUCGAGAUCGCUUUGUAGUUUCAGAGGUAAAGAUUUGUACUGUAUCGGAUCGGAGGAAGACGGAUCUUCGUAUUCCGGUGCGUUCUCCGCCGCGAGAAGCUCGAGUGUUAAUGGCGGGUUAGGUUUUGGCGAAACAGAGCACCCUCGGAAGAGCAAUUUCGAAGGGAGGAAGAGUAACUUCAGCGAGACGACUGAGCAUCGGAGGAGCAAUUUCGAAGGAGGGAGGAAGAGUAAUUUCAGUGAGACAACGACGGAGAAUCGGAAAAGUAAUUUCAGUGAAUCGGAGCCGCCGCGAAGGAGCGGUUUCGAGGCGAGGAAGAGUAAUUUCAGUGAAACAGAGUAUCCUACUCGGAGGAGUAACUUUAGUGAAACAGAGUAUAAUCAUAGACGAGGGAACAAUCCGGCGACGGCGAUGGCGGCGGAGAAUCAUCCACGGAGGAGUAACUACGAGACGGCGAGGAAAAGUGAUUCGGCGGCGAUGAAUUUUACGAGAAGGGUAAUGUCAAUGAAAGAGAGUAGUUACUUCACCGGAGGAGAAGAGCCUGGUUUCAUUGAUCUCAAGUUUGAUUCUUCUGGUGGAGGAGAAGUAAACGACGGCGUUUUAGAACACGGAGGAGGAGGGUCUUGUCGGAAAGAUGGAGGAGAGAUGCGUUGUAAGAGUCGGAAGAGUUUCAAAGGAUGGAAAUGGAUAUUUGGACAUCAUCAUCAUCAUCAGCAACAACAUCAACUUCAUCAUCACAACACAGAUUCAUGAUUAAAGAGACAAUUUUUAUGGGAUCCAGUAAUGAAACAUGGAGCUGGUUUUGUUUGAUCCGAUGUCAAUCUUAGUUUUAUAUAUAAAAAAAAGCUUUAAUUUAA